UCUAGACAUUUAACUAACCGCCGUUUAAUCACAAAAACAAAGAAAUUUACCAAAAAAAUUCCAAAAUUUUUAGUUAUUUAUUUAGCUAGAUACUCUGGCACAACUAGACAAAUUGCAGAAAUUUAUUUAACCAAUGUUAAUGCCGAGGAGCUUUUAUGGGGAGUUGGAAGGGAUGAUAAAAUAAAAAAUUUGGAAAGGGCAAUUCACUCAACAUUUAAAGGCAAACAUGUCAACCCAUAUAUUUUUAACAUUUUGCCGGGUACAGAAAAUGCUUUGGAUUUAUUGAGACAAUUUCAGGGGAAUAUUAGAACUGGGGCAAUAAUUCAAAUCGGCACCCAACUAAACUUUCACCCAAAUGUUCAACUAUUUGCUCGUGGAAUGCAUUCAAAUACUGAAUUUUGUUCUCUAAAUCAAAACAUUCCAAUGGACAGACAUUUUUAUCCAGAAUUUAGAGUUGAUUGGUGCAAAUUUUAUUUGAAAAACGUCACAAUUCCAGCAGAUUUAGAACAAUAUUUAAGAAAAAAGGUUAAAGAUGGAAAAAAUCUUAGAACAGAAGAAAACAACGAAGAGGGAAGUAUUUUGGGAAUAAAAACAGCAAAUACUUCUAGCUACAAAAUAUUUAAAACAGAAAAUGAACAUUUGCCAGCCCCUCCUAUUUAUUAUAUUUGGGAAAGUGUUUUGGUAAGUAAAGAAUGUUUUAAUUUCGAUAGGGCAAUGAAAAUUUAUAAUUGA